GUGAGAGCCGAGUAUCCUAACCACCUAGACUACAACGGAUGUUUAUUAACAGAUUAAUUUGUUAUUAAAAUAUAUCUGGAAAAUGUAUCAGUACAUGACAUCCUCUAACACGAAAAAUUGCUUUUCUUCAUUGUUACUCGCGCCCGUGCUUUCAUCCACUGAAGAACUCUUGUUCUGUGAUUCAGAUUAAUACCAGGCACUCAUGGCGGCUGGGCCUGGUUCAAAGCCAAAACCUGGCAUGACUGUUGAGGAAUGCGAGAAUAUGAUCCAGAAAAGUCUCAGAACUCCCAAGGUGAAAUUUCUGAAGGAACACCUGGAGAAAUCAGGAUGUCAUAUUGGCAGCAAUUUCAUAAAGGCCAGCCAUUGUCAUGGAGCGACUGCCGGUGGUUAUGUUAGAGGCGAAGGGAUAGUAGUUUGUAGUAAUCAUCUGCAACUUCAAGAUGAGGUAACCCAAGUGGUGAUUCACGAACUUAUUCACGCGUACGAUGAAUGCCGUGCUGCGAAUUUUGACUGGUCUGACUGUGCUCACCUUGCUUGCAGUGAGAUACGAGCCGGCCAUCUUAGUGGAGAUUGCCAUUACAAAAGGGAAUUACUUCGUGGCUAUAUGAAGAUAAGAGGUCAUGAGCAAGAUUGUGUUAAGCGAAGAGUGAUGAAAUCAGUGAGUGCAAAUCCACAUUGUUCGAAAGCAGCAGCAAAGGAUGCAAUGGAAGCUGUUUGGGAUACUUGUUAUAACGACACUAAGCCCUUUGAUCGCGCUCCUUGACAAUAUUGAAGUACUUUUUGUUUUCUUCCCUGGUCAUAGUUUCGAUUUUGUCCUAACAUCCUUGCUUGGCAUUUUUUCAUGAGGGAGUGAAAAAUUCCUUGGACUGAGUUUAGAAUUCAUACAAGGAUAACAGCAAAAGUUGCUCUUUGAAGUUUUACUAAUCAGACGGAAUGUAUUAUGUUUGUUUUGAGUUUUCUUCUAUUCUCAUAUUGCAUGCCUGUAAUUUCAGUGCGAUUAUAGAUUUUACUUGUUACUGCAGUGUCGGUCCAUACAACUUGUUCAGAGCAGUUAUGCACCAACAAGGCAACACCCUUAUUGUUUAUGUAUUGUAGCCAAACUACCCCAAUGGUUUAGUACUAUAAAAUAAACACAAAUCCAGUUCACAUUCAGAAACGCAAAAG